AUGGAUCUCAUCAAGAACACACUCUAUGGCUACCCCAAGCCCCCUCCACGAGUCCGCACCAAGCCUCUCCGGGUGAUCUGCACAGGUCUCCCCCGCUCCGCCACGGAAAGUCUUCGGAACGCGCUCGCCCAACUUGGCUACGAACCCUAUCACGGUUGGGACCUGAUCUUCGACGAAGCCGACUACAUCCAAGAAUGGUCCGCAUUGGUACGCCGCAAAUACGACGGCGCCCCGGACGGGGACUUCCACGUCACCGCGGCAGAAUUCGACGCUCUCCUAGGCAAUCACGAUGCAAUCCUGGACUCCGUCCCCGCCAUGUUUGCGGCGGAAUUGAUCGAAGCGUACCCGGACGCGAAGGUCAUUAUAAACACUAGAAAAGAUCUCGAUGCCUGGCACAAGAGUAUAAUGAAGACAGUGGUUGCCGAGACGGAAGGUAGUUGGAAGGUGUGGUUAGUCAGUACCUUUAAUGCGGAGAUGUUCUGGUUGUGGGAGACGUAUUUCACAUAUGCCUAUAUUGGGUUGUUCCGGACUCCGAAAGGAAAGUCUGCUUCGCAUGCCAUCGAGAGAAAUGGCAAAUGGGUGUAUCGUGACCAAUGCAACAUGGUCAGGGGAAUGGUGGAAAAGGAGAGACUGUUGGAAUGGUCAGUUGAAGAUGGAUGGGGGCCAUUGUGUGAGUUCUUGGGCGAAAAGGUCCCCGAUGAACCUUUCCCCAACGGCAACGAUGCGACCGCAUUCAAGAAGCGGUCAGGGGAGAAGCUGAUGCCCCGUGUGCAGCGCGCAAUGCGCAACAUCGCACUCACUGCGACCUCGGUAGGAGUAAUGGGAGUUGUCAUUGGACUCGCAGUCAGAGAACGAGGCAUGCCCUGGAAGGCCAUCGGAAGUGUUUCGAGCGCGAUAGGAAGCGGGUGGGCUGCAGUUAAGGGCCUGGGAAACUGA